AUGGGAGGAAGCAGCUCAAAAUUGAACUUUGCAGGACAAGAGGCAGAGUUCAUUAAAAAUGAGGUGGAAUCAAACCAGGUUGUGUUAUUCAGCAAGACUACAUGCCCCUACUGUUGCAACGCCAAGUCUUUGCUUUCUAACUUGGGAGUUAAUUAUAUGGUUCAUGAGCUAGACCUUCGGAGUGAUGGAUCAAAAUUGCAAGAUACACUGGAGACCAUAACAGGGGCCAGAACAGUUCCACGGGUGUUCAUAAACGGAAAAUGCACGGGAGGCUUUUCUGAGCUGCAGGACUUGCACAGCACUGGAAGGUUGAAAGAACUUCUUGGUUAG